GAGGGAGGGAGGGAGGCGAGAGAAUAAAGAGUCUUGGUCCCCCUUGGUUUUUGUUGUGCGUCUCUUAUUGUUUUUUUUUGUUUAUGUUGUGUUAUAUCGACCAAACAAACUUUCACCAUCCAUCGUACAUUGCGCAAUAUAUACGACGAAGAUAGCAAACGUCUAUCCAAUCGAUCUGAGUGCAAGGGAAAUCAAAAAAGGAGACGAAGAAAAACGACGAGACCGCAAAGAUGGUCCUCGCAUUCUUCCGCCAUUUGGGCUCGUUCCUGCUCUUCGCAGCCUGCAUCCUCCUCAUCAUCACCACCAUCACCGCCCCGCUCAUCAAGAACCUCGCCAUCCUCCGCGUCGACCUCGAGAAUGGCGGAACCGUCAACUUUGGUACCUUCGGGUACUGCAUCCUAACCGAUAGCGGAAACACCUGCACAAACUCCCACAUCGGUUACUCCCCCGUCCCCCUCCUCGACACCCUCGGCGCGGGCGACUACGGCUCGGCAUCCAAGAACACCGCCGACGCACUCACCCGCGUCAUGGUCCUGCACCCCGUCGCCUGCGGUCUUGCCUUCCUCGCCUUCCUCGCCUCGCUCGGGGCUUCCAUCUUCGGUUCCCUGUGUGCGGCGCUCAUCUCUAGCGUUGCGUGGUUGGUUACUCUCGUUGUGCUGAUUACGGAUUUCGUCGCCUGGGGAAUUGUGAAGAAGAAGGUCAACGAUGAUGGGCAUGGCCAUGCUAGGUUUGAGGUGGGGAUCUGGACGCUGCUUGCCGCGUUUGUGGUGUUGUUCUUGGCGACGCUGAUGGUGCUGCUAACCUGCUGCUCCGGGCGCAGGGAGAAGAAGCGCGCAGGAGGAAGGAAGGUGGAGCCGGAUGUUGAUAGGCCCGGCAGGCCCGUCAGUAGACGCUGGUACCAGAGGAGAUAAACAACUCGUGGAGUUGUGAGAUCUGUAAAGGAGGAAGGAAAGGGAAGGGGGUGUGUUUUGGACGGUCGGAUGAAGUGUAUACUGGAUGAAGGGGGCGAGUCUCAUGUGCCGAUCCGGCGCUGGGAAAUGUAUAUGGGCGCGAUGAUGGGGAUGCAGAGAUAAUAAAAAACAUAAUUCCAUAGCUUAAUGAUGCCAAUCCUCGACUUCCAAUGAUCAAGGUUUCGAAACGCGCAUCUGAGUCAAACGCGCAUCUGAGUCAAUAAACUUAUAAGGGCCUCAUUGGCUUGGGAUGUCACAUCAAAAUCUCAUAUUCCAUAUACCUACUACUCCUCCCACCCAAAAUAAAUCCAGUCCCCUCAGCCCUCCAACCCUAGACCCUUGCCACAAAACCAGAAACCUACAAACAUUAGACCCCCUACCCCCAUCAGCCCAUCCCAUCACCCAUUACCAAGAAUGCGGGAAUCCGGGGAAACAAAGCCAGCCGAGCCUACAUGUAACACAUAGUCACUGGAGGUUUGGAAGUGUUGAUUGGUAGACAAGUUG